GAGUACCAUCGUUCGCUACCGGAGGCACUUUGAGGUCGUGGGUUUGCUCGAGCUCAUAAGGACAAGGCAUGAACACAAGCAGUAAUUACACAGCCAGAGUAGAUCUCGGUAAUUUCCAGGCCACAAUUCCAUCUCAAGUGGAUACUUAUUUCCGCGGCUCGAAUCAUGCCUCGUAUACGGAAGAGGACAUCUAGGAGACAGACUACCAGAGAGCGUUCUAGAUUCCAUCACAAAAUCAAUGAAAGCCGCAGGAAGGAGCGAAAGUUGGCCAAAAAGAACCCACAGUGGAAGUCCCGGCAUCCGAAGGAUCCAGGGAUACCUAGUAGUUUGCCUUUCAAAGACCAAGUUUUGGCGGAGGUUGCUGAAGAGAGCCGUCGAAACCAGGAAGAAAAACGUUUGAGAAAACUGCAGAAAAAGGAUGCUUCACACAAUGAGCCGGAAGAGGGGUCUGGAGAUGAAUAUGAAGAACGGGACAUCUCAUCCACCGUUGAAAUUGAAGAACCGGAACCUCUGCUCUACGAUCCGUCUAUUCCUCACCUUGCCGCUGCCCUCGAGAAGGCUGAUGUGUGGCUCUAUGUCAUGGACGCCAGGGACCCCUCUGUUCAUCGCAACCUAUAUAUUGAACGUCUCGCCAUAGAGAAGGCGAAGAAGAUAAUAUUCUUAAUGAACAAAGCUGACUUGUGCCCCAGAGAGGUGCUCCAGAAAUGGCUAUCAUAUUUCCGUGCAACUACGCCCUCCAUCCCUGUUAUCCCUUUCCGGGUUUCUUCGUCCUACUUACCAAUCCAUGUUCCGCAUGCCUCUGCCCCAAAGGGAAUAAGACUUGGCCAGACCGAUGCGAUCGGAAUUAAAGAACUCCUCGAUCGUCUCAAUACUCAGACUGCGGCUACAAGCUCAGGGCCAGUGACUGUGGCAGUCAUUGGUUUGUCAAAUUCGGGAAAGUCUUCUGUGAUAAACUCUCUCCUUGGGGCUGGACGUCUUGAGGCGUACGAAGUCAACUCGACAAAGCUAAGUAGUAUGACGACGACGAUUUUGCCGCAGCCUGUUCAAAUCAAGCGCGAUGGUGUCACUUUGAACUUCAUCGAUACACCUGGCUUUGCCUUCCAAGGAUUCGAAACUUUAGUACUCCGGAACAAUGUGACUUUCCAGCAUGUUCGUGAUUCGAUAGUUCGAUGUAGGGGGCAAAUCGAGAAGAUGGUUAAUGCACACCAAGCUGGUUGGUGCCUAAGAUAUUCGAUGGCCCCUUUACUAACUGCUAAACUUGGGACUAUUUCUGUGUUAGCCAAAUGGAUUAUAUCCAGAUCCAACCCCCAAGACCUCAUCGUUCAUUAUAAUACACCCGCGUUCAUGCACAGCAGUCCAUCGUCGUUUCUCACCGGCCUUGCUCGCGUAACUGGGCAUCGUAAGAAAGGUGGAGCUGUCCCUGAUGCUGCUGGGGCGGCUCGAUCCUUGUUGUGUGACUGGAGGAUGGGCAAAUUUCCGUACUAUACCCAUCCACCCGCGUACUCAGCACCCUCAUCGGGACCCUUCAGUCUGACCACGGAAUCUGACGACCAGCUCCUGUCGUCGUUCUUGACGCGAGAGGAACUGGAGAAGCACAAUUUUAGAGCCGGGCUCAUACGUCUUGAUCCCGUAGCUCCAGAGGAGCGUUCUGUGAACCUCGAGUUUGUUCAGACUUUUGAGACUAGGGAACCUCAGCCACGGCCAGCAAAGAUAGCAAGAUCCCUCGCCGGGCGGAAGAGAGUGAGGAGGAGGCUGAAAGCAGCGAGGACGAUGAACAUGAAGAUGACGAAGACGACGAAGAUACUCACGAACCUUCAGCAUUGAUCCCAGUUCAGCCUCCGAACCGAAAGCGAGCCGCCUCCGAAUCCAAGGAGGUGCCACCUCCGAAAAAGGUGUCAUUUGCCCCGACCAAGGGUAAGAAGGGGAAUGCUCAGGAUGCUAUUCCGGCAGUUGUCAAAGUGGCCAAAAGCAAGCUCCAAAGGGGGACGCCAGUGCACAAGGCAGCUGAAUCUGGGGGUGGCGAGGACUAUGAUUUCAGUCAAUUCUUUUGAUGUAAUCUAUAUUUGUAAUCGCAUUCGGUUGCCCACGUCCAUACGCUUGGCAGCCACAAUGAAAAGGGCC